GCACAUCGCUCAAGCAGCUUUCUGCCUAGAAGUGAAAGUAACAGAGGAGUGAUUAAAAAGAGAGAGUGAAUGAGAGAGUCCAAAGUUAGACAGCUGCCGCGUUGUCCGAAGCACAUGGUAAUUCAGCAGAGGAGAUCAAAGGAUGUGAUGUCACUUUGUAGAGAACAGAGAAACAGGUCAGGCGAGCCCAGGUAACUCGGAAAGGCAGGUUGCUAAUUAUUCCCAGAAGAAAGUAAGGUGUACGGUUACAUCGCUACAGUAGGAAGUCAGGAGGUCAAACUUUCCCAGUCACCGACUCAGCUGGGCACUGCCUGGUUUCUCCGCAAAGAUCCUGCUGUUUUCUUCCCCACAUCCCACAACCCUUAGACCAUGGGAGAGAAAGAAAAGAGCUUCGCAAAUCCCCCCUUGCAAGGUAAAAAGAUGGCGUACCACAAAGUCGGCGCAGACCAGAGGGCACAAUAUCUAGACAGUGAUGACCUCCAAGCCACUUCCCUGGAGCUAGAAUGGGAUAUGGAGAAAGAACUGGAGGAGCCCGGCUUUGACCCUUUCCGGCUGGAUGGGGCAGUCCAUCAACAAGUGGGAAUUACUCCAAACACAGACCUGGACCUGGAGCCCAUCAUCCAGCCAUCGGCAUCUCCCAAAGGGAGGUUCCAGAGGCUUCAGGAAGAUCCGGAUUACGUCUCCCAUUAUACAAGGCCUCCACCAAAGAGCAACCGCUACAGCUUUUGCUGGAUAUUUAAGCUAUUUUGCACUGCUUUGAGUCUAUUUAUUUUGGGGGUUUUGAUAGGCUACUAUGGACACGUACGGUGCCCUCCUUCCCCACCACCACCUCCCAAACCAAGUGAUCCUCACCUCAGCCAGGAGAUUCUAAGAGAAAUCCAAGCGAAGGAUGUUGCACAGAUUUACAGAGAUUUGAUACAGCUGCAUGGGAAAGAAGAUAGAGAUAUUGCAAUGAAGCUGCUGGCUCAGUGGACAUCCUAUGGCCUUGAAGAUGUCCAGCUCGUAAAUUACUCUGUCCUCCUUGACCUGCCGGGCGCUUCUCCAAAUACAGUGACUCUGAAUAGCACUGGUGAAUGCUUUUAUCCUAAUGGACAGCUGUGUAGCAAAGAGACCAAAAAGCUUCACAGUCAAGACCUUCUCUACUCCUAUGCUGCUUACUCUGCCAAAGGAACUCUCACGGCUGAAGUCUUUGAUGUGCAGUACGGGACUGCAGAAGAUUUGCUCAGGAUCCAAAACACUGCAAAUGUCUCCAGGAAAAUUGCGCUUCUGAAGCUAGGACGUUUGCCUUUGCUGUAUAAGCUUUCCCUGCUGGAAGAGGCAGGUUUUGGAGGUGCCCUUCUUUAUGUCGAUCCUUGUGAUUUACCAAAGACUCAGAACCUGAGUGAGAAAGCAUUUAUGGUGUCCUUGAACGGUGGAGGUGAUCCUUCUACACCGGGGUACCCAAGUAUUGAUGGAAGCUAUAAACAGAACCGAUCGAACCUCACUUCUCUAUUAGUCCAGCCUAUUUGUGCGGCGUUGGUGAGGAAGCUGUUCCCUUCCCUCGAGAAGGCUGGUGGAAAUGAAGGCUGCGAACCCCUGGAAUUGCUGGCUACAGAAAGAAGAACCGUGACACUGAAAGUUCAAACACAACCAACAUACAAAACAAUGUCCAAUGUCAUUGCAUACUUAAAAGGAGCCACAAUUCCUGAUAGAUAUGUAAUAGUUGGCAGCCACCACAGCACUUUAGGUGCCUACAGUAGGCAGCAGUGGGCUCAUGGAACUGCCGUGAUGACUGCAUUCAUCCAGGCCUUGAUGAGGAAAGUGGAGAAAGGAUGGAGACCUGACCGGACCAUCAUUUUCUGCUCAUGGGGAGAAACUGUGUUUGGCAAGAUCGGCUCCUACGAGUGGGCGGAGGAUCUCAAGGAAGUUCUCCAGAGGAACACUGUGGCGUAUGUGAGUCUCCACGAUCUAAAGGGCAAAGCAGUUUUGCAAACCAUCGCAUCUCCUUCUCUUCAGCAACUGGCAACUGAGGUUAGAAAGAGGCACAACUUCACCUGUCUUGGGCAAGACAAAUGUGCAGAAUCUAAUGUCAGUUCCGUGCAAAUGCAAGGCGAUUCUGAUUAUUUCAUCAACCAUCUGGGGGUCCCGGCUCUGCAAUUUUCAUACCAAGAUUCAACAGCAUUAGAGACAGCAAGUUUUCUCUCUGAAGCCCUUUUCCCUCUACAUUCAACAAUAACCAACGAACUGGUGUCUUCCUUCAGCCUGCAUGAAUCCAUCGCAAAGCUGACAGGCGAAGUAAUUUUGCAAAUUGCCAACAACCCAGUACUGCCCUUUAAUGCCCUGGAUAUUGCAUUAGAAGUUCAGAAGAGCUUUAGAGAUGAACAUCUAAAUCUUGACCGCUUGCUGACAAUGGCCAGCGCCCUGAGGGAGAGUGCCCAGUUGUUCCAGUCGGAUGAGAUGCGUCCAGCGAACGACCCGAAGGAGAGAGCUCCCACCCGAGUAAGAAUGCUGAACGACGUCUUGCAAAGCCUCGAGAGAAACUUCUUAGUUCCACAGGUCCCUCCGGGAUUUUACAGAAACAUCCUUUACAGGCUGGAUGAAAGGACACACCAAUUUUCAGUACUGCUAGAGGCAGUGGAACACUGCAAGCUACAUCAGUCAAAUGAGACUCUUCAAGCAGCCUUGUCGAAAGUGCUCAGCAGCCUCAAUUCAGCUCAGGUUUCUUUCAAAGCAGGACUCGAUGUCUUUGAGGCUGCCUUACUGGGAAGCAAAUGAGGAAUCUGUCUCUUUCACGUGUACACAUAC